GCAUACGCGUGAACUGGGAUACCCCCGGCGGAAUUCCAUAGGGCAGGAUGAAUAUAAGGAGGGGGGAUUUUUUGUGAUUAUUUCCUGAGAUGUAAACGCGAUGACCUCAGUACUUCGGUCUUAUUUUCUAUCCCAGAAGCAAAGUUAUUUCCCUAGACCACUCAAAGAGACAGAAAAACACGUUAUUAGCUUGGUUUUCCACGAAAGCGAUGCUGGACAUAAAGGGUAUCUCUCAAGAGAAGACUUGAAAGUUGCAACGGUUUCACUCUUUGGAUACAAACCCUCUAAGUAUGAAGUGGACAAAAUGUUUUUUAGAGGACAAGCCGAAGAGGAAGAAUUGGUGAUGUCCCUGGACAGUUUCAUGGAGGUAAUGUCCAACAAAAUGUCAGCCAAAGAUGAUGAUGAAGAAAUCAGAAGCAUAUUUAUGGCAAUGGAUUUUCAUUGCCAUGGCUUUCUCAGUCUGACAGAUUUAAAAAGGGCCUUCUCACAGGUGGCGCCACAUAUCCCUGACCACAUAAUACAUGCUGCAUUCAGGGAAAUUGAUAGGGAUGGAGAUGGAAGAGUCAGCUACAAAGAUUUUGAGUUCAUGAUGAAAUUCAAUGUAGAUGACUGAAGUCCAUGGGUCUUUUCCAUGAAAAUAAAGGAAACUUCUGUCCAGGUCUUAGUGGCCGCCAGAUUCGAGACAGAUCUGCGCCAUACCGUGUAGAUGCUGUGUGAGCGAUGCUGUGUGAGCGAAACUCUGUCCCAACCAAAGUUAAUCAAGUAUCAGUGCAGAACAAAGUGUUGUGAAGAAAUAAGACUGGGCAUGUUGACACAUAACUGUUAAGCAUAAAAAUUUUUUAAAAUGACUGGAGGAAAUGACCAAGGGUUAUACAUUGCACAGAAAGAAAAUGGAAAAAACAUGUUCAAAUAUUGUUUUUUGGAAAGUAUGACACAAUGCCCUUUAGUAUUUCGUUAUGUGCUGUUUGAAACUGAUUGCCAUUUGGUUGGGUUUAGUGGCAAAGAUUUGACUGCAUAUGUAACAGUUAGUGAUAAUUUUGGGCUUGAAGUCUUAUCACAAAGAACAUGGCAGCAGGAUUUUUGGAUUAAAGUUGUGGGGCUAAUGAAGUGAAAGUAAUAACUACCUCUUGGUGUUUUUCUGAGUAAUUUAUCGCAGUCAAUUGAAAUCUGUCAAUUCAUUAACAAGGUAAAAUGAUAUUUUAAUGGCAGCACUAUGGUAAUGCUAUAUACUGGAUACCGUUGUGCAAUAAGUAGAUAAUAAAAAAUAAAGAAAUGA